CUAAUGGUGAUCAUUUUCUUGCUGCUUCUGUUCUGGGAAAAUGAAAUGAGUGGAAGACCAGAGAUGCUAACCUUAGAGCUGUUGCAAGUGGAUUACCCUCCAACUGAUGUUCCUGUGAGGUACUGCAACCACAUGAUCUUACAAAGAGUCAUCAAGGGGCCUGAAAACACCUGCAAAAAGGAGCACAUCUUCAUCCAUGAGAGACCUCAAAAAAUCAAUGCUGUGUGCACCUCUGACAAGAAGAUGGCUUGCCACAACCAUUCUACCCUUUCCUGCUUCCAGAGCAUGAUAAAGUUCAAAAUGACAGCUUGUGAACUCAUUGAAGGCACCAGAUACCCUGCCUGCAGGUACCACGUUUCUCCCAAGGAGGGUUUCAUUCUUGUCACUUGUGAUGACAUUGGGGCAGUUAAUUUCCAGGGAUUUAUUGAAUAA